UCUGCUGCUUUAAAGAUGGCAACACCACACUCUCUCCCUGAAGGUUUCACUGAAGUUGAAGUGUUUGGUUUGGGCACCCUGAUGAUGGCAGAAGCACUGCUUGGAUUUUCUCUGAAUUUGCUGACCAUCAUCUCUUUCUGGAAAAUCAAAUCACUUCGAACGCCUGGCAACUUUCUGGUUUUCAACCUUGCACUGUCCGACUGUGGAAUCUGCGCCAAUGCAUUCAUUGCAGCUUUCUCUAGUUUCUUAAGAUACUGGCCCUAUGGCUCUGAUGGUUGCCAGAUUCAUGGAUUUCAAGGCUUUUUGACAGCACUGACUAGCAUUAACUCUGCAGCUUCCAUUGCCUGGGACCGAUAUCAUCAAUACUGCAGUAGAAGUAAGCUACAGUGGGGCUCCGUGAUUUCCUUGGUGAUCUUUAUAUGGCUUUUUGCUGCCUUUUGGGCUGUGAUGCCUCUUCUAGGAUGGGGUGAAUAUGACUACGAGCCUCUAAGAACAUGUUGCACAUUGGACUAUAGCAAAGGAGACAGGAAUUAUAUUUCCUAUCUUAUUCCUCUGGCCCUUUUCUAUUUCUUGAUUCCGGUCUUCAUCAUGCUAACAGCCUAUCAAUCGAUAGAUCAGAAAUUCAAGAAAACAGGACAGUUCAAGUUUAAUACUGGUUUGCCAGUGAAAUCUUUGGUCAUCUGCUGGGGUCCCUACUCGCUUUUAUGUUUCUAUGCCGCGGUUGAAAACGUGACUUUCAUCUCCCCCAAAAUUCGAAUGAUCCCCGCUGUUAUUGCCAAAACCUCGCCAGCCGUGAAUGCUUUGGUCUAUGCUCUGGGGAACGAGAACUACAGAGGGGGAAUAUGGCAGUUCCUCACAGGACAGAAGAUUGAGAAAGCUGAAGUUGAUAACAAAACUAAGUAACACACUGUGGCGUUAAGCAAGGGCCUCUUCACACACUCUACAUCCCUUAAAUGUUCACCUAGGUUGGGUUUUGAAGUGCGCACUCGAAAAUAUUGUGACAAAUUGGUGUUUGAAACCUCGUACAUCCUACAGGCAUGCUCGCCAGGGAGCCAUGUUUAGCUGCGUACUCCUGUUGAGUAUCCCACUCUGUGUCAGGCUUGUUACUGUGUAAUGUGUGAAAUGGUCCCAAAUUGAGGCAGGCACAACUGCAGGCAUCCAGUAGCAGAAACCACUUACUAUGACUCCAAUCGACUGCGGUCCCACACUAGAAAGGCUUUGCAUUGUCUACCAGCAAUUCUCGCAUUACUGAAAGGACGUCGUGCAGAUGUCGCUGCCGAACUUGCCUCUCCAUCUGCCCCGUGCCAUUUGCCAAGCAAGCUGCCUCUAACCUCUGCAGGUCACUCUCAUUUUACAUGUCACUCAAAUGGACUGCAAGCUGCGAAGCACAUUGUUUUGUUGUUGUUGUUGCAAGAUGGAACUGCAGGAAACCAAGCAGGGAAAAAAUUGUGGGGAUCUGUUAAGGCUUCCUGCUUGUUUGUACAUAGGGUAUUUCUGGGUUGUUGAGAGAUUAAGGCAGUAUCCAGUA